AUGACUCACACAUUCUUCACUCUGCAACAGAACGUUUAUAAGGCCGAUCAUGAGCCCAUAACCGUUGAAGACGUCGAUGAGAACAGUGUUUCUUCUCUGGCCUUGCAGCGCAUUAUCAACUCAGCUCCAGGCGCCUCCGUUGGUGUGGCAGCUGCAUAUCGCCCAGACUGUUCUCUUUCCUCUUUAGCAUUUGCAACGCUCACCAGGGUGCUCGUCAUCCACUUCUUUGCUGCGAAUAAACAAAAUCCGCAGCAGCAGCAGCAGCAGAAGAAGAAGAAGAAAGCCCAGGAACCACAGCCUCCCGUUUCUCGAGGACGCAUCCUCAUACAAGACCGAAUUCUGUGUAACAUUGGCAUUAAAUUAUAUGGGUACAGGAUAGACAGAAUUGCACUUGCUCUCUUCCGAGACUUCUCGCUUCGUAUCAAUGGUGCAGUUGACAUCCUGUCGGUGUCUACCAGUGAUCGGCGCUCCCUCCAGGCAAUUAUGAAUGCCUUGGGUGGCGAGGUUUUACUUCAGAAGGACCACGUGAAAACCCUGUUUGCCCACAGAGAAGGAGAAGGAGCAGCCAAGGAUGUGGCGCUCCAGGCUUGGGCAGCACAUCGCGCUGCCACACUUGAUGACAUGGCGCUUAGAUUUGCCGCCAUACAUCGAAUCGACACAGACACGAUGCUGGAGAUGCAUCUGAGCGCCCUGGCCAAAAUUUCUCGUGACGCUGAAAUUUUGGAGUCUUUGAAGCCAACGAAAGUCGUCAACAAUGUCAAAGCAGAUUUCAGCGCCAAGAAGGGCGAUGUCAACCUCGAGUGCACUCGCUUCAGCACCCGUAUCAUGAGGUCUAAAACUCAAGUCAUCCACAUUGAAACGCUGAAUGGAGAUAAGCGAUCAACGAUCACUGGUCGCGCAGGGCGAAUAAAUGGAAAACAGGCUCAUAUUAACGUCCAAGGUGUUGCAAAUCCUUCGGGCAAGGUCCUCUCCGUGACCACUUUUGGGAAAGAAGACUUGACGGCUGCUGAAUCAAACAGAGAAGAUGUAGUGCUAAAGGCGCUUCAAGGCACCAUCACAUUGACCGAUCAUCCAUUCUUCUGUAGCAUCUGGGCGCCAUCAUUAAGCAUCUUAUGGCCGCCCUUGAAUGCUUCCACCGCAUCAUUCGUAUACUAUCCUAACAGCCAAUUGAACGACUCGCAGUAUUCUGCGGUGGUGCGAAUUAUUUCGCAAGCGAACAGUGAUCGUGUAUUGCUUAUUCAAGGUCCUCCUGGCACUGGAAAAACAACAGUCAUAGCGGCCAGUGUCAACAGUAUGAUCAAUAGUGGCCCUAUGGAACGUACGGUCUGGCUUGUGGCGCAGUCUAACGUUGCCGUCAAGAAUAUCGCAGAAAAGCUUGAUAAGGUUGGCUUUCGUAAUUUUAAGCUUCUUGUAUCCAGAGAUUUCCAUUACGACUGGCAUGAACACCUUUACGAGAGACUGGAACAUUGUUUUAUACGAUCCGACUUGUUUGGUGGUGGGACUGUGUCCAUUAGUCGGCUUUUGCUCAACCAACACACAAACGAACCUACAAGAGUCAUACUUUGCACAUUGAGUAUGCUGUCCAAUCCUCGUAUCGAAGAAUUUACUCGUCAAGUCCCGGUUCAGACCGUGAUAUUCGACGAGGCAAGUCAAAUCGAAGUGGGAGACUACCUGCCGCUGCUUCAGCGUUUCCAGCACAGCCUUCAAAAAAUGGUGUUCAUCGGUGAUGACAAGCAACACCGCAUGCCACUCGUCAUUGGCAGCUUUAUUUCCCGUCAUGUCUACAGUCACAAAUUGUUGACCGUGCACGAUAUCACUAGCAAGAAUGCGUGUCGUUUCCUAGAUGUCAAAAGGGGCCAGGAGCAGAAAUCGGGAAAGAGCUGGAUAAACCAACAAGAGAUAUCCGUGAUUAUCCACCUUGCUCGUAUAUACAACACCCAGGGCAAGCAGUACAGGAUCCUCACCCCAUACGAUGGCCAGAGGUCUACGAUCGAACACCAACUCGAAUUAGCGAAGCUUCCGUGGGAAGACAAGUGCUUCAAUGAUCUGGCUGACACUCCCGCAGGAAACGAGGAAGACCACAUAAUCGUCUCUCUAGUCCGUACCCAGGGUGUAGGGUUCUUGAAGAACUCGCGCAGGACGAACGUCAUGCUGACACGAUGCAAGAAAAGCAUGAUCAUUUGCACGAACCGUGAUUUUGUGACGAAGGGUAAAGCAGCAAGCACGCUGGUCGGGCAGCUUGCUCUUACUAUGGGCCCUGACUCCUGGUUGGACGGUCGUGAUAUAGUCAAUGGCAUCGUAAGGUGA